CAGGUAGUGGUUCCAGUGGGGAGCUUAUGCUCCUGGGCUUCUGGUUCAGGUAUACAUAUAAAUACAUGUUGAGAGCAUUUGUUGGGGAUAUUGUGGUUCCAGAAGUCAACUAAAAUAAAAAAGUGCUGAGAUGAAUGAUGAAGAGGACCUUCUGCAGGAGGACACAACAAGAGAUGAAGGUAAUGAGAAUGAAGCCUGUAGGAUGAGUAAAUUAAGAAGGACAAGAAAAAAAAUCUCCAAGUCCCAUAUUUGUUCAACUGAAGUAGGAGAAAUGGAUAUAUCCAAUUCAAAAGAGAGGAUCAGAAACCAAAUGAUAUGCCACCAAUUGGAGGAUAUGCACAAACCAGUUGUGGGACCUGGCUCUGAGUCUGAUCCACCACUUGAUGACAAGGAUUCCAAGGAGCAGACAGUGGUGAUAAGACCAUCACCCUCCAAAAUACCAGCCAGCACUCCUGGUAGUGAAUUUAACCUAAACUCUAGUCAUACAGAUCACACCGGGGACAACACCCAGAUUCCUACCCCACCUCAACUCUCCUCUAGAAUGAAACACAUUAAACAAGAGAUGGCCAGAAAUCGCCUCCAGUUUGUGCAGUUUGAAGCAGCAGACCUCCAUGGUGUGUCCAGGUCCAAGAGUAUCCCUGCUCACUUUUUUCAAGAAAAAGUGAUCCAUGGAGUUUACAUGCCUAGAGGUUAUCUCGAAUUGAUACCACAUCCGAAAGACAAUGAAGUGAAUCACAUAAGAGCAACUUGUUUUAAUAGUGACAUAGUCCUGAUGCCAGAAUUAUCAACCUUCAGAGUUUUGCCAUGGGCUGAGAGAACUGCAAGAGUGAUAUGUGAUACAUUCACCGUGACCGGUGAUCCUCUGUUGACUUCUCCAAGGUACAUUGCAAAGAGGCAGCUGAAUCAGCUGCAAGACUCUGGCUUUUCCCUGCUCUCUGCCUUCAUCUAUGAUUUUUGCAUUUUUGGUGUCCCUGAAAUUAUCAAUUCAAAGACUAUAUCUUUUCCUGCCUCAACAUUACUUAAUAAUCAUGACCGGCCCUUUAUCCAGGAACUAGUUGAUGGCUUGUAUCAAACUGGAGCCAAUGUUGAGAGCUUUUCCUCCUCUACCAGGCCUGGUCAGAUGGAAAUCUGUUUUCUGCCUGAAUUUGGCAUCAUUUCAGCGGAUAAUGCUUUCACUCUCAAAACAGGUGUCAAAGAAGUGGCAAGGAAAUAUAAUUACAUUUCUAGCUUUUUCAUUGAGACUGGAUUGUGCAAUUCAGGAAUUUUGUCUCAUAGUCUCUGGGAUGUCAGUGGGAAGGAAAACUUGUUCUGCAGCAAUUCUGGGGUCGAGCAGCUCACAGUCACUGGGAAAAAAUGGUUGGCAGGACUCUUGAAGCACUCUCCUGCUCUCAGCUGCCUGAUGGCACCUGCUGUUAGCUGCCGAAAGCGAUAUUCCAAGGAGAGUAAAGACCUGAAGGAGGAGAGUGUGCCUACAACAUGGGGAUACAAUGAUAACAGCUGUGCUUUUAAUAUCAAGUGUCAUGGUGAGAAAGGCACCCGGAUAGAAAAUAAACUAGGCUCAGCAACAGCAAACCCUUACUUGGUGCUGGCGGCGACCAUUGCUGCCGGCUUGGAUGGACUUCAGAGCAGGGAUGGUGUCUCGCCUGGUCCAGAUAACAGCACAGACCUUUAUCAGUCAAAACCUUCUCAGAUCCCUUUGAAACUGGAAGAUGCUCUCGUGGCCCUAGAGAAUGAUCACUGUCUGAGAGAGGCUCUAGGAGAAACUUUCAUUCGAUAUUUUGUUGCCAUGAAGAAAUACGAGUUGGAAAAUGAGGAAACAGAUGCUGAGAGAAAUAAGUUCUUAGAGUAUUUUAUUUAGAAUAAAACCUUUAGCUAUUCCUUUAGAAAUGCUAAUAUUAUGUAAGUAGCUGAUAUGUCAGAACUAAAAGAUUGGACUAUCAUAGCUUUAAAAAAAAGACUACAAAUACUUUCACUCUUUAAUGUCUGGAUGGAAUAUUUGACAGAUGAAAUGGGGCUGCUUGAGAGGAUUCUACUAGUGGAAACAAACAAUAAAGUUGUGGUGAAGCUGUAGUAUGCAAACUUAACAGAUCUUGCCAAUCAGUCAUCAUUUCUUCUGUGCUUACGUAUAUUGACCUAGAUAGGAAUAUUCAGUUUUCUUGGGCAAUAAAUAUAUUCACACAUGAAAAACACUUAAACAUUAGAAAACAAAAUGUAAAUGACUAAAAAACAGGAAUAAUUUCAAUUAUACACAUGGGUUGUGACUGCCACGGAGACAAAAAUAUUUAUUAAUAUAAUCUCACUAAUUAAGACAUUUUGGGGAUCCAGUUUGCAAGCAUCAUUGUGAUUUUUCCUAGUAAGUGAAAUGUUUUGCAAAAAUCUGUCGUGAUAAUGAGUCAGCAGAAGUUUUCACAUAUGUUCCAUCUCUUUUCACCCUUCCCCACAAGCUCCUGAAAGAUGUAGGAAUUUCAAAGCUAUAAUUCCCCAAGACACAAAUCCACAAAGAAUAGAAUUAGGACAGGGAAUAAUGCGCUCCAAUAUUUAAAAGUAGCCAAAGCUUUGCUUUAAAUAAAGCUGUAUACAAAAGCCAACAUAUAUAUAAUAGGUGGAAUGGGGUCUAUGUAUAUUGGGGUAGAGGUAUGGGCUUUGCCUGCCUUGCUCCAUCCUUGCUUGUUGCCCGAGAUAUCUCUUUGAAACCUCUAGUGCCCUCUAGAAUAUGAGAAAACUGCCUAGCUAAUCAGAGCUUUGUUUCUAGCUUAAAAUUGUAUUUAAAUUACUGAUUCUGCUGCUUACAGAGGCUGGUAUCUCCCCCGAGAAUAUUAAAGCUCCCAGGCCUUUGUUUGAAUGAGAUAAUCUUGCAGCUAUCAUAUCAUAUAUCAUAUCAUAUCAUAUAUCAUAUCAUAUCAUAUCAUAUAUUGUCUGCCAAUAUUCGUUUUCCCCUCUGUUCUCAGUAAUAGAAUUUCAAAGUGUUAGUCAGAAACAUACUAUGCAAAAUAAAAACGACAUCUCUGAGCAACAUGGU